AUGGAUAUAGCAUACAAUGUUCAACAUUUAAGCCAAUAUAUGCAAGCUCCUAGAGAACCUCAUCUCAAGGGUGAAAUAUAUGUGUUGAGGUUUUUGAAGAAUGAUCCUACUAUGGGGAUUUUCAUGUCCAGAGAUCCCAUAUUUGUUCUUAAAUCAUACUGUGACUCAGACUGGUCUUCUUGUCCUGAUUCCAUAAGAUCAGUUAGUGGUUAUAUUGUCAUGCUUGGUGAUAGUCCAAUUAGUUGGAAAUCAAAGAAGCAAGCUACAAUAUCUUUUUCAUCUGUUGAAGCUGAAUACAGGUCCAUCUGA